AUGGCCCUACUUGCGGACGUAUACAUUCAAAAAGAUAUAAUGACUUCGACACCCGGUACAUCGAAUGUUCAGUUGCAUGAUAAUGAUAUUUCGUCUUCAUCAUGUAAUGCCAUGCGAUGGGCCAGAAAACCUUGGAAACAUUUAGGCUAUUUUACAAGAGAUGAAGCUGUUGAAAUUCUGGCUGAUCGUUUUGUUUCACAGAAACGACGAGUUCAAAUGAGAGGAUGUGUGAGAAUCAUAUACUAUUGUCAUGUUCAACGUAGCAAUGGUUGUCGAUAUGAGAUGAAUGUUUGUGUUCCAAACAAUUCUGAAGAGAAGUUACGUAUUGACGAUUUUAAUGAACAUACUUGUAAUCAUGAGGAAGCUCGAUUGAAACGUCGAGUAAAACCUCACGUAGCAGAUUUUGAUCGUCCUUUCAAAAAAUCUAGUAAACUUUCAACUACACAUGACUCUUUACAUGAUAAUGAUUCGAGCUUUCUGCAGGAUCCUGUCCUUAGCAUGUUGCACAAAAUAGAAGAGCCUACCGAAUCAAAUGAAACGAAUGAGUCGGCUCUAUCAGCUUCAUCUUCAACGAAUGAGCAUUUAGCGAACUUGUUCACUAAUUCCCUUAUGAGUGCUCGCCAGAAGCUGAUAUGGAAGGAAGUGGACAUGGACAUCUUGGAUUUCUCUAACCGAUCGGAUGGAAUAUACAAGUUCAUAUUUCAUGUGGUCGAUAAGGGGUCUCAAUAUUCACAUGCAUCACCGUUGACGUCAACAAACAAUGAGGAGAUCUGUGAAUCAAUCAAAACUUUAUUUUUUCAAUUUGGCCCACCUGCCACGAUAUAUGUUGAAGACACUUAUAAAGUUCUUGAAGAUGAGUUGCGAAAAUUCUUUCCGAGUUUGAGUGUCAUGCCACAUUGCAGUCGCAGAAAGUCUGUAUCAGCACCUCAAUUACUCAGAAGAGAAGCUGUCAUGAUGAAGGACAGAAUAUUAGCUUGGCUAAUGGAGAACAACACGACAGAAUGGUCAAAAAAUCUGUCAUUUAUAAAAUAUUUGCAUAAUACCGAAUGGCUUGAUGAAAUAGACUCAACACCGUUGGAUUUGUUUUUUGGUCGACACGAGGAAAGCACCAAUGGGCUGUUUGAAGACUGCUCCAGCGAAGUAUAG